AAAAAGGAAAAAGGAGAAAAAGAAGAAGAAAAUCCCCAAAAUCGCCCUAAAAAAUCUUGGAAGAACUCCGACCCCGGCGGAAACCUCUCCGAUCUUUCGAAAAUUGUCGAUCAUUCGGUUUUAUAUUCUUCUUGUUUCGCCGCCUCUAGGGUUUGUAGUCUCGUUCUUGCUCGUUGGAUCCUAAUUUUAUCUUCCUGGCUUUGUGCGAGUGAGGUUCUCUCGAUCAUCACCGAGUCUAUUGCCUCUGUUCUACUGACACUCGAUCAUCGUAAUCACUCGUAACGAUUUUGUUUCCGUGACCUUUCGAGAGAAAAGAGUUUUGCUUCUUUGUUUCGAGGUUGGAUUGAGAACUUAGUUGUUGCUUCAUCUGGUGCUGGUGCUGGUGCUGGUGGAGGGCCUUCACGUAACACCGUUGGUCCUAUGGACCAUGAUAACUUGAAACUCCGGCAGUACAUGCAAAACUUUGUCUUUAACAUUGUACUGCAACGGCAACAAUCUCCUGUUGAUGCUGCGUCAAAGGCAAAGUUUAUGGAGAUUGCUAGACGCUUGGAGGAGGGGCUGUAUAAGAUGGCUAACUCAAAGGAGGAUUACGUGAACCGGUCAACCCUUGAGUCUCGGAUUAUGGGCCUAAUGAAAAGCAGAUACAUGAGUAACUACAAUCAGCUACUUGCUGAUUCGUCUUCGGUUGGAGCGAUGAUACCUACUCCAGGAUUAUCACACGCAGCGGGUAAUCCUAGUUCGAUGGUUACAUCCUCUGCUGAUGCUACAGUAGCUGGACACAACAACAGCACAAGUACAGCUGUGAACACUGGAAACCUUCUAGCUGCUGGGGGCAUGCAUGAAGGCAAUGUCUCUACUGGAUACCAACGUUCAUCGAGAAACUUUUCUCUUGGUUCCGGAGGGAACCUGGCAUCCUUGGGUUCUCAAACAAGUACUGCCCAGAUGAUUCCUACGCCUGGGUUCGCUAACAAUGGUACUAAUAACAACAGUGAUGGAUUUUCUGGUGACUCUGUAAAUGAUGGUGUUGGAGUGAACGAAAAAAGUGUAGACACAGGGGAAGGUUAUAGAACAACAAAUCCUGACACCUUUGGAUUAGGAAUCCGACAGAUUCAGCAAAUGUUACGCCCUCAGAAUAUAGGUUCUGAUCCUAAGAACAGUUUUAGAAAUCUUGCUGUUGGAGUAGAAUUAGAACCCAGUCCACGGGGUCAAUGGCCUUCCCAGUCUCAGGAAAACACUCAAAUUUCUAAUGGUAUGUCAAGUGAACAGAAGGUUCAGGAGGAUUUCCGUCGAAGAAGUACCGGAAUAGAUGAAGCUCAACCUAAUAAUUUGACCGAAGGGUCUGUUAUUGAUCAAAAUCACACUUCUACCAUAUCCGAAUCCCAUAGUCUGCAAAAUUCUAUUGCACUUCAACAGAGAUGGCUCUUGUUUCUACUUCAUGCACGGUCCUGCAAACCGCCAGUAGGGAAGUGCACAGAGCGAAAUUGCGUUACUGUUCAGAAACUAUGGAGUCACAUGGACAGUUGUGUAAAACCUCGGUGUUUGUAUUCGCGUUGUGGUAUCACAAAGUCAUUGAUUAUCCACUUUAAAACCUGCAAGGAUAUUCGGUGCCGCCUCUGUGUACCAGUGAGAAGAACCUACAAUCAGCAACAAGCUAAUGCGCGUCUCCAGGCCCGUUUACAAAACAAAAGAAGUUCAGUGAUCGCGGUGAACAGAGAUGUAGUAUCAAAUGAUUCACUAUGCGCUACUGCUGGAGCUGUUUCUAGUGCCCCUGGCUGUGCUGACACUUUAGAUAAUUUGCAAGCUUCAUCAAAACGGUUGAAAGUGGAGCCGUCUUUUCAACCAGUGGUCUCUGAGACUGAAAGUUGUAAAAGCUCCAUUGUUUCAAAAACAGAAACAGAAUUGUCGCAGGAUGCUGAAAGAAAGGAUCAUAGGCACAGCGAUGCACAUGCGGUAUUGAAGUCGGAGAACGUGGAAGUGAUAGAAGAAAUUUCUGAUAUUUCUGUUCAAGCUGGAUUCGGCAUCAAAGAGAAAAAGCAUGAAGCUUUUGAAAAUGAUCCCAAGCCUAGGUCUGUCAGUGAACCAGGCCAACAUGAUCUAUGUGGUGCCUCGCCAAAGCAAGAAAACAUAAAAAUGGAGCAAGAGACGAAGAAAGAAGUUCUGGUGGAGUCUGCUGAUGUUGUUGCAUCAAAAUCUGGAAACCCAAAGAUAAAGGGUGUUUCUUUGACUGAAUUUUUCACUCCCGAACAAGUGAGAGAACAUAUUCGUGGUCUUCGUCAGUGGAUUGGCCAGAAUAAAGUCAAUGCAGAAAAGAAUCAGGCCAUGGAGAAUUCGAUGAAUGAGAAUUCCUGCCAGUUAUGUGCGGUGGAGAAGCUUACGUUCGAGCCACCACCGAUUUAUUGUACUCCUUGUGGUGCUCGUAUCAAAAGAAAUGCGAUGUACUAUACAGUUGUAUCUGGUGAACAUCGGCAUUACUUUUGUAUUCCCUGUUAUAAUGGAUCCCGAGGAGACACUAUACUCGCUGAAGGGACUUCGAUGCCAAAGGCAAGACUCGAGAAAAAGACAAACGAUGAAGAGACUGAAGAAUGGUGGGUCCAGUGUGAUAAAUGUGAGGCCUGGCAGCAUCAAAUAUGUGCUCUAUUUAAUGGGAGAAGGAAUGAUGGGGGGCAAGCUGAGUACACCUGCCCAAAUUGCUAUAUACUUGAGGUAGAGCACAAUGAGAGAAAGCCUUUGCUUCAAAGCGCUGUUCUUGGAGCGAAAGACCUGCCAAAAACGAUUCUCAGUGACCAUAUAGAGCAGCGGUUGUUUCAAAGGCUGGAGCAGGAAAGGACUGAGAGAGCCAGGGCUCAAGGAAAAAUUUGUGAUGAGAUUCCUACUGCUGAAUCCCUUGUUGUUAGAGUUGUUCUAUCCGUUGACAAGAAGCUGGAAGUCAAAUCUCGAUUUCUUGAAAUUUUUAGGGAGGAUAAUUUCCCCACAGAAUUUCCAUACAAGUCCAAGGUGGUUCUAUUAUUCCAGAAGAUUGAAGGUGUAGAAGUUUGCUUGUUCGGGAUGUAUGUCCAAGAAUUUGGAUCCGAAUGUUCAUCUCCUAAUCAUCGCCGUGUGUUUCUCUCGUAUCUGGAUUCUGUGAAGUACUUUAGACCUGCGAUUAAAUGUGCUUAUGGAGAGGCUCUGCGCACUUUUGUAUACCAAGAAAUCCUAAUUGGUUACCUGGAUUACUGCAAAAUGCGUGGUUUCACAAGCUGCUAUAUAUGGGCUUGUCCACCACUGAAGGGUGAUGACUAUAUCCUAUAUUGCCAUCCAGAAAUUCAGAAAACGCCAAAGUCUGAUAAACUACGGGGGUGGUACUUAGCAAUGUUGAGAAAAGCUGCAAAGGAAGGGAUUGUAGUGGGAACUACAAAUCUAUAUGACCAUUUUUUCUUGCAAAUUGGUGAAUGUAGAGCUAAGGUUACGGCAGCUAGGCUCCCGUAUUUCGAUGGUGACUAUUGGCCAGGUGCAGCAGAGGAUAUCAUACAACAAAUGGGUCAAGAAGAUGAUGGUAGAAAGGGAAAUAAGAAAGGAAUUCUGAAGAAACCCAUUACAAAAAGGGCUCUAAAAGGAUCCGGCCAGUCGGAUCUGUCUAGGAAUAUGUCCAUAGAUCAGCUGCUAAUGCAUAAACUUGGUGAGACCAUUCGCCCCAUGAAGGAGGAUUUUAUCAUGGUUCACUUGCAGCCUUGUUGCACGCAUUGCUGUACACUGAUGGUAACUGGAAAUCGUUGGGUCUGCAGCCAGUGCAAAGACUUCCAGUUAUGUGACGGGUGCUAUGAGGCUGAACUGAAACGAUGGGGCAAAGAAAGGCAUCCUGUUAAUCAAAAGAAUCAACAUACACUGUAUCAUGUUGAGAUCACCGAUAUUCCUGCAGACACCACGGAUAGAGAUGCGAUACUUGAAAGUGAAUUUUUUGAUACGAGGCAAGCAUUCCUGAGUCUUUGUCAGGGGAACCAUUAUCAGUAUGAUACACUGAGGCGGGCGAAACAUUCCUCAAUGAUGGUGCUUUAUCAUUUGCACAAUCCAACUGCUCCUGCUUUUGUCGCAACAUGUAACGCAUGUCACCUCGAUAUCGAAAGUGGUCAAGGUUGGCGUUGUGAAGUUUGCCCGGACUACGAUGUAUGCAAUGCUUGUUACAGUAGAGAAGGCUGUGUUAAUCAUCCUCACAAGUUGACAAAUCAUCCGUCACUAGCUGAUCAGAAUGCUCAGAAUAAAGAAGCUAGGCAAUUGCGAGUCUUGCAGUUCACGAUAAUGCGCGAUCUUCUGGUGCAUGCGAUACAAUGCCGUCUUGCUAAAGAUUGUCAAUAUCCCAACUGCCGCUAUGUGAAUAGGCUAUUUCAACAUGCCGUCCAUUGCAAAAUACAUGUGGGAGGAGGCUGUGAUCGGUGCAAGAAAAUGGUGCAUCUCUUGCAAAGCCACGCUCGGGCCUGCAAUGAAUCAAAUUGCGAUGUAGUUCGAUGCGGGGAGCUAAAGGAACGUCUGAGAAGGAUACAGCAGCGAUCAGAAUCACGGCGCAGGGCAGCCGUCAUGGAGAUGGUGCGACAGAGAGCCGCAGAAGUCGCUGGGACCUCCGGUUGAUUCAGUUGUAUAUAUUUAUUUGAUUUAGGAUAUAAACAAAAGUGAAAAUCUAAUUUUCCUUCCGAAAGGUAAUCCACUUGAAGAAGAAGAAGACAACGAAGUGAAUAUUACCAGCUAGUGAAGACUCGUAAGAAGCAGGGAUACAAACCCCAAUAACGGUUUGACAGAGAUUAGUAUUUUUUUGUCACAAGCCAUGGAGUGAUGAUGAUGGUGGUGAUUAACUUGGGGCACAAGCUCUCGGGUGCCCACUUAUGCUCUGGUUAGGUCUCAAAAAGGAAGAAAUCAGGUUCCAGACUCUUUAGUUCAGUUCAGUAGCUUGAUCUGGUUGGUGAUUCAAUGACUAUAGCUUCUCUAUUUUUGCUUACCAUAACUUCUUCUAGUCAAGUAAGAUGAAGAGAGUGUAUAUGGAAUUAUGGAUACGUCUCUAACAUUUUUGAAUUCACUGUGUUAAUAACAUUCUCAGAUCCUUAAUUGG